CUUUCGUAGAUGAGCCUAUGAACUUCACUUCAUAAAUCUACUGGAUACAAAAUGGACUUAAUACAGACAUUGGAUUUAUGACACAUUACAACCUGCCUGACAUCUGAUACCCCAGUAACCUGCCUGUAGCUGAUCACUUACAUUUCUUCACACAAUUCCCUCCUUCCCCCUCUCCCCUCCUAUCUCUACCCAUUGGCUUCCUAACUUCCACACAUUUGCAUUUUCACAGAUCUGCUUGUUAUAAAUUAGCUUCUUUUGUACCUUGGAGAACAUAUAACAGCAGCAGAGUCUCCCUGUCCCCGACGAAGGUGUUUGUGCCCAAAAGAUGGCAAAGAACUUUUUUCCAAUGAUUUAGUUGAUCUAAUAAAAGAUAUAUCUGCCCAAAGAACCUUGCUUGCCAGGACUACUUGAACAAACCUGUGCCAAAUGCUGGCAGUUUCCGAUGUGCAAACAAGCUUCACCAAGAUUAUUGCUUCACAUGUUCAGUCUACAAAAUCUGCAUUAGCAGAAUAUGAAUCAAUCUUGACUGUAGCAGAUAAAGCAAGAGAUACUCAAGAUAACUAUGUUCUGCACACUUUACUUGUACCUAGAAGCUGGACAGACUGUGACCGGCCUGCUUUUCAAACACAGCUGGUUCACAUUGUGUCUGUCAGUUUUUCUACCAUGGCAUGCUGUAUAAAGGCUGUUGUAAACUACAGGUUAGAAUUUAACAAGAUUUUGGCAUUUCUCUCUGAUAAUGCAACAUAUAUGUGUAAAGCUUUCUUGGAUGUGCUCCAUGGAAUGAUGCCCAAUGCAAUUCAUAUCACCUGCAAUGAACACAUCCUUUCCUGAUGUGGAUAGUUUGGUUUCCUCUUUUAAAAAAGAGUUCGAAUAUUGUACAGGCCGUAAGCUUCACUACAGGGGGUCCAUUGCCAAUCAAAGUGGGAUCUACAUGCGACUGUGUCACUUCCACCACAGCCAGUGCUUACAAGAUGGAAUUUGUGGUUUAAUGCAGUUUAUUACCAUGCAAUAUGAAGUACUACCAGCAAUCUGUGUGCAAAGAGCUUGAAAUCACACCCAGCACACAGUACAUACCUAAAUUACAUGAUCUCCUAAGAUAAGGUGACAUUGAAGAUCAAGUUAAGUUUGUGAUCCAGUUAAUGGAACUUCUAAUGUGGUUUGAAAGCUGACAGGCUUUGAUUCACCAAGCACACAACACGCAGAUGGGUUUGAUAAAUCGGGUCAAAGAUGUACCAUCACAACUUUCAGACUGUCAAUGUGAUAACCAAUGGAGACGAGAACUAUUCUAGGCAAUAGCUGUGAAGUUGAAUCAGUACUACUAGUACUGUCACGACCACUGUGGUUUAAACAACCAUGUGCCUCCCUUUUUUAGUGCUGUUUGCAUUUUUUACCCUAACCAGAUAUCUUGACUGAGAUUUGACCCUCAGCGACUGAAAUCAAUCCCUGGAUGGCAGAAAGAGCAUGACAAGGAACAUUCUGCUUACAUGAACUUUGCAAAGAGUGCCAGAUGCCUUUGACUGUGGUUUGGGACUCCAUUUCUGAUCACUUUUCACAUCUCUACAACUUGGCAAAACACUGCCUUACCAUUCCACCAAAUUCAGUGGUUGCAGAAUGUGUGAUCUCAGUAUAUGGACAAGUGUUCAGACCGCAAAGACAAAAGAUGUCAGCUGCAAAUAUUGGUGGAUGCUGCAUGCUAGUUAACAACUAAUAUGAACUGUUUCUAUCAAGGUAUAUCAGAACCUUCCUUUAUUGCAAAAAGUGAAGAUCGCUUAUUUAAGCACUUGUUUCAAGACUAUCAGAGAUGGGUUCGCCCAGUGGAACGCUUGAAUGACACAAUAAAAAUAAAGUUUGGUCUUGCAAUCUCCCAGUUAGUGGAUGUGGAUGAGAAAAAUCAGUUGAUGACGACAAAUGUCUGGUUGAAACAGGAAUGGAUAGAUGUAAAAUUAAGGUGGAAUCCUGAAGACUAUGCUGGAAUAACAUCUAUUCGUGUCCCAUCAGAUUCCAUUUGGAUCCCAGACAUUGUGUUGUAUGACAAUGCAGAUGGCCGUUUUGAAGGAACUUCUACAAAAACAGUAGUAAAAUAUGAUGGCACCAUUGCUUGGACUCCACCAGCAAACUACAAAAGUUCCUGUACUAUUGAUGUUACCUUCUUUCCAUUUGACCUCCAAAACUGCUCUAUGAAAUUUGGUUCCUGGACUUAUGAUGGCUCACAGGUUGAUAUAAUUCUAGAAGAUUAUGAUGUUGACAAGAGAGAUUUUUUUGAUAAUGGAGAAUGGGAAAUAGUAACUGCAACAGGAAGCAAAGGGAACAGAACCGAUGGAUGCUGCUGGUAUCCAUUUAUUACUUAUUCAUUUGUAAUCAGACGUUUGCCUCUUUUCUACACAUUGUUUCUCAUUAUUCCCUGUAUAGGACUUUCAUUUUUAACUAUCCUUGUCUUCUAUCUUCCUUCAAAUGAAGGUGAAAAAAUCUCUCUCUGUACUUCGGUACUGGUAUCUUUGACUGUCUUCCUUCUUGUCAUAGAAGAGAUUAUUCCAUCAUCUUCUAAAGUUAUACCACUUAUUGGAGAAUAUUUGGUGUUUACUAUGAUUUUUGUGACACUGUCCAUUGUGAUAACUGUCUUUGCUAUUAACAUUCAUCAUCGUUCCUCCUCUACACACAAUGCUAUGGCACCAUGGGUCCGCAAGAUAUUUCUUCAUAAACUUCCAAAACUACUUUGCAUGAGAAGUCAUGUAGAUAGGUAUUUUGCUCAGAAAGAAGAAAGUAGCAAUAUCAGUGGAUCAGAAUCAUCCAGGAAUACCUUGGAAGCAGCUCUAGAUUCUAUCCGAUACAUUACAAGACAUGUCAUGAAGGAGAAUGAAGUUCGUGAGGUGGUUGAAGACUGGAAAUUUAUAGCUCAGGUGCUUGAUCGAAUGUUUUUAUGGACUUUUCUUCUGGUUUCAAUAAUUGGAUCACUUGUGUUAUUUAUUCCUGUUAUUCAUAAAUGGGCAAAUAUAAUUGUACCAGUCCAUAUAGGAAGUACAAAUACAUAAACUAUUUUUGAGGUGCCGUUACUCUUCUGAACCCUAUUUAUAAAAGGUGUCCAGUAGCUUUAUAGUUAUGCAAAUUCUAUAUAGGGCACAUUUUAAAAACUGAAUUAUAAAAACUGAAACAUGUUUAAGCAACACAUUUUAGAAUAGAGUAUUGCUGAGUGUUAGUCUAAGAAUUAAUUUCUACAUCAGUCUGGAUAAAACCAGAAAGACUUUUUCAGGCAUUUGCAUGUAUGCUAUGCCAAAAAAAUACAAUAGGUUGCUACCUAUUGGGUGCAUCUACAUGUCGCCCUACUGUGAUGUAGCAGUAGACGCACGUGAUUGCCAGCUACGUUGCCAUAGUGGUGCACUCCCUGGGUAUAGUGCACUGCUAUAGCGACGUAGUGGCAAAAUGUAACUAUGUGCCAUGCGCAAGGCACAGUAACUGCCCAUACUUCACUCUACUUUUGUUCUUCCAAACGGAAAUACUAAACCAUUGUGGCAUAGCAGUGUCACUGUAUGGCAAUGUGUAGGCACACCCAUUGAGAAGUGGAGGGAUUUAAAAAGCCAAACAAACUCGGAAUUUGUUUUUAGAUGCUAAUUGUUUAGAACUGGCAAAAUACUAUAUAAACUGUUUGACUGAGUAUUAAACAUUUGCACAUGUUUAUGUAAUAGUGUUCUGGUUUGUUACUUCAGUUUAUUACUGUGGGUGGCAGAGGAUUUUUAAGAAAACUAACUCUUUUAAGCAUGUUGGAAAAUUCCAGGGCUUUUUUUAGAACAAAUGAAAAUGCAAAGAAUUCAAAAACAAUAACCAGCUAUUCUAACGCACUUGUUAAAAUAUGUAAAUAAAAAUAGUGAU